CCCCUGCGGACCUACAACAACAGCGGACCGCUUGGCUCGCAAGAAUGGAAGAAUUCUGACAUCUAUUUAAUUUUAUGGCUAACGAAAACAAAAUUUCCUCACGUCUUCGCAAUUAAUACGAACGAAGUAUGUCAGUGGAGAAGGAUCUGUACGCUAUUCUUGGAGCCAGCCCUACAGAUUCAGUCCAGCAACUCCGGCACAAAUAUCAGAAGCUGGCCUUACAGUGCCACCCUGACCGCCUUGGAGAUGUGUGUGACAUUGUUGCAGAGACUAGUAGGAAAAUGUUCCUUGAAAUUGACGCAGCCUGGAAAAUUCUGUGUGAAGAUGAAACUAGAAAAACCUAUGAUCAACAAAGGAGAGCUCGAGAACUCAAACAAGACUGGCCAGUUGACUCGGUAGUGUCACUAGAAGAUAUGACGUGGGACCAGGACGAGCUUGCGUAUACAUACAGCUGCCGUUGUGGUGGACAGUUUAGCUUUUCAGAAGAAGAGCUGGAAAGGAGGAUUGAUGAAGAGAAGACAAAUGAGAGUCAACAUGUGGUUGUUUGCUGUGAUACUUGUUCUCUCAGUCUUUAUGUCAAAUAGUCAUUGAAUAUAAGACCAUGUAUUUUAAAUGUCAUUCAUAUUGAUAAUCUAGGGUCACCUUUAUACGUAACACGAAUGCUGCGUUCACACCGGCCGCGGAUUUUCCCUCGUUGCACAAUGGGUACACAUACAAAACCAAUGUAAUCGUGCACGUGUAAUCGUGGAAGGGCGACAGGCAUUCUUGUGACCAUCAUCAUGCGUCAGGCAAGACGCAAUGUCGCCUGUUUGACCAAAUAAACCAGAUUAAUGAAUUGUCACAUCACGGAGACAAUGCUUAAGUGGCCCUAUCUGCAACAGAUUUCUGCAGUGACAAUUAAACGUUUAUUCAAAUACGUUUUCUCUGGGGAUAUCCCGAUCUGAUCACAUGAUCGGAAAUCGGGCCGAUAGCGCCAUUUUUCAGAGGAUCAGAAUUUGGUGAAAAUGAUUCGGUUUUUAAUAGCAAAAAAUAUAUUUGUUUUUCUGCUUCAUGCUCUUACAGCGCCACAGCCUCUCACCCUCCCUCCUGCUAAUCAGUGCGGCCAAAUUGUCCAGCUUGCAUUUAGCACUUAAAGUUAACGAUGAUUCACAUGUUUGUAGUUUUGAUCUUGCAAGGGAAGCUUGGUAGCUCAACGAUCAAAGUCACAAAUGUGUCAAUCAUCGUUAAACUUGCAUAAGCCUUCUACUAGACACAACUAAAACUUUUUGUAUAUUGUUUACAAAGAAACCUUUGCACAUCAAACAUUCAAGUGUAUUUUCGGGAGGACAGGAACUACAAAUUGUCUUUGAAUUCAAGUACCUUGGAGUGACACUUGAUUCCAGACUGUCUUUUAAAAGCCAUAUUAAAAGAAUAAGUAAUACUGUAACAUUCAACCUGAACAAUUUUAAACAAAUACAAUCUUUUAUAGCACUUGGGGCUGCAAGAAUGUUUCUACACUGAAUGAUUUUAUCACACAUUGAAUAUUGCAUUACUUGUUGGCAACUGGCGGGUGUGAAUACAUGCAGUAACAGAGAAUCACUCUACAAGAAAGCAUUAAAGGUCUUUGCCAGAAAACCAAUCUCAUUCCAUGUUUGUAACAUUUUAAAAAAGUACUAUUGAUUGAGCCUUGAGAUUUUAAAAUUUGAGGACCAGGGCUGCCUUUUGAGGGGAUCAUAAAAAAAAAACAAAAAAAACAGCCUUUGUUCACAAUUCUCCCUCUGUAAAGGCCAGUAAAAUCUGGAAGUUUACAACUCUCCAUGAGGGAGUCUCCCACAAUAUAACCCCUCUAAACUCAGCUCAAGCAGUGGUUGAAAGUAAACCAGUCCUGCAAUCACUGACUUUUAGGUUCUUAGUAACCUAUUAUACUGUACUGUUUUAUUGUUAUCUUUUUUCUUUUUUGUCUUUUUGUGUUACCUGCCUAGGGACUGCGGAUGUAAAUUCGUAUUUUUUUGCUACAAUCUGGCAUAUUUACAUCUUGUAGGUGUUCAUCAAUAUGCAUUGUCCCUAUCAAAUAAAUCAAAAAAUGUGCUGUGGCAACUUAUUGUGUAAGUGAGAUGCUGUUAGCAGCAGCAGCAGGUUAUUGUUUAAAAAUAAUUCACAUUAUGAAGGCUGCACACUGGGACAGUAACAUGUUAGGAACUUUUGUUAGAGAAAAAAAAAUCAGAUCGGGGUAUCGGCAGAUUCUCAAAAUCAGAUGAAUCGGACACGGGUGCAAAAAUAUGCGAUCGAGACGUCUCUAGAUUUCUCAUUCACAUGAAUUCAGUCGCUUUGCCGGAACCUUCAACAUCUGAUCAUCAAAAGACAAAAAAAAAAAAAAAAAAAAAUAGGACCACAAAAAUAGUCAAAACAUAAGAAUAAAGUUGCAGUAUUACGAGAAUUAAGUUAUACAUUGGGUUAAAAAAGUUGUAAUCUUACGACGUUAAUCUCGUAAUAUUACGUUACAUGAACUGGGAAUUGGAUGGUUUCCUUGGCUCGACUUUUGGCGGCAUAAGGUCCGUGUUCUCACAAAACCGCUUUUGCCGUAGUAUUAAGAUAUUAUAUCGGAAGUUUAAAAUCGUUAUUUUUUUUUUUUACCUAACGUCAACCGGAAGUUGUGCGGUGUCCGCGGACUUGUAAAGCUCACAGAACCGCUUUUGGCGAUGGCUGUAGCACAAGCAACGCGUUGUUGUGCAACAGUUUGGUCUGAAUGCAGCAUUACACUCGGGAUAUUCACAUCAGUGCACAAUAUACAUCUGAGUAGCUGCAAUCCAGUAAGUUAGGAGUGAUGCUGACGUGACAUCACGUGUUUUUUGUUUUUUUUUGUAGUCCAUAAAAUGGACAAAUAAAGUUGCUUUAGUGACGUCUUUUGUUUUCUUUCUCUAACAUGAGUGGCAUACAUUUAUGAUGAUGAUCCUAAGCCGUUGUGUUCAAGUUUCAGCUUGAGGGAAUACACUGUUGCAGGUCUUAAUGCUUCAAAGCACUGUAUUUACUGGGAUUUCAAAUAUUUGUCGACUGUGUGGGCCCUUUGUUUAGUGAGGAGUCUUCUUUUCCAAAUUUUGUCAUAUAAUCAGAAUCUACCACAAAUGUAACUGUCGAAAGCUCAGGAAUAACCAGUUGAAACAAAGUGUACUUGAGCCAUUAGAGUUACGGUUAAAUUUUUGAAAACUUAUUCACUUUGUAUGUUCAAUGCAAUACAAGAAAUUUUGAAUUUUGCGUGGAAAUCAAUUAUGUUUUAGAAUAAAUUGAUUUUUAAAAAAUGUAAUUAGAGAACUAUUGUGACAACACGAGAUACCAAUAAAGUGAUAAGUCCUGGGAAUAAAACUUAAUUAUUUUAAA